AUGCGACUUCCCAUUGGAUCGAUUUGGAAAAAAACCAAUCAUGUUCGGAACAAAAUUCCUUCCUAUCCAAAACUCACUGGAAAUGGCCCUGAGGUUGACGUCUGUGUCGUUGGUGGAGGUGUCUUUGGCUUACAAACAGCAUUGAAAUUACAAGAACAUGGAAAGAGUGUGGCCGUGGUUGAAGCCGAUAAAAUUGCCAGUGGUGUCUCUAGCCAUACCACAGCCAAAGUCACGUGUCUUCACAAUAUAGCAUAUAGUACCAUUGAAAACAAGUUCGGUCCUGAAGUGUCCAUCCAUUAUGGUCGAAUGAAUUUAGCAGGUUUGAAUGAAAUUAAAAGAAUCAUCUCGUCGUAUGAUAUUGAUUGUGAAUGGGAAGAUUCUCAUUCGUAUACCAUUGCUCUAGAUGCCGAUGAGUUGGAUGAUAUUAAGGAAGAAAUGGCAUCCCUUAAGAGAGCUGGUUUGGAAACUUUUAUAGCCACUCCUCAAUCCAUUUCGAAUGAAAUUCCAUUCGCCAAUAAGGGAGCCAUAUGUUUACCAAAUCAAGGAAUCUUCAAUUCGUAUGACUAUUGUAUUGGAAUUGUAAAGGCUUUGGAAAAGAAUGGAGCUUACAUUUAUGAAGAUUCUCGUGUGCAAGAUGUGGACUAUUCACAGCCACAUACGGUUCAAACCGAUGAAGGAAAUGUACUAGCACAACAAGUAGUGAUUGCCACUCAUUUGCCAAUAUUGAACAGAAGUGGACAUUGGGGAGUGGUCACUCCAACUUCUUCGUAUUGUGUGGCCUUUGAAAUGCAAGAUGGAGUUGAAGCACCAUUGGGACAUUACAUUACCAAAGGCAUGUAUGAUGAAUUUGGAGGAAAAUCGAUUCGUAGGUGCUGUAAAGGAAAAAUACUAGUCAUCUCUGGGAAUUCACACAAAACUGGAGAGUUUCCACCAACUGGAAACAGCGAAGAUCUCUACAAGAAUUUGAUUGAUUUUGGAAAGAGGUAUUUCAAAGUGAAGGACGUCAUUUGUUGUUGGUCUGGUCUUGAUUAUGUCACUGCCGAUUAUAUUCCAUAUAUUGGCCAUUUGCAUCAUGGAAUUAAUACAUUGUAUACUGCAACAGGAUUUAAAAAGUGGGGUUUCACAACAUCAGCUGGUGCUGCCAUGAUUGUCAGUGAUAUGAUUUGUGGCAAUAAGGCAGGUGAAACUGCAGCAUGGGCCAAGACAUUUGAUGCAAGAAGAUGGGAUCUUGCACAUUCGACUGUUAGCAUGAUGAAAUUUCAAGCUCAUGUCUCGAAGCAUUUUGUGGCAACUAGAUUUAGAGAUGUCAUUAAGGCCAAGGACAUUGAAGAUUUAGUGAAUGAUGAGGGAGGUAUUUGUAAGCAUGGCAUGGAGACAGUGGCCGCCUACAAAGACAAGAAUGGAGAAUUUCACUUGUUCUCUCCAUCAUGCAGUCACUUGGGUUGUCACUUGGAUUGGAAUGCAGCAGAGCAAACGUUUGAUUGCAGUUGUCAUGGCUCAAGAUUUUCCGCAAUGGAUGGCAGCGUUUUGCACGGACCUGCUACAAAGCCAUUGCCUCCAGUACCAAGUAUGAGCUCCAAAAUGAGAAAUUGA